UAAAACUACUCUAAUUUAUCAUGUGUUGUCAUAUUUUGAUCUAUUUUGAUGAAAAACACCUUUUUAUUCAGUAUAUUAUAUCAGGUAAAAAUUAGUGAUGUAACUUUUUAAAGCAAAAGUGUUGUAGAGUUAAAUAAUCUUACCAAGACCUAUUUUACAACGCUGAAAAAAGUGAAACAUUAAAUCAAUAAACAACGGUACUGUAAUUUGUUACAUUUUAAAUUGUUAGCUUGUAUCAAAUUAAAAUUUGAGUUGAGUGAACCACGAGGUCAAAAUUUGAACUUGAUACAAACUAAUAAUUAAAUUUAAGAAAUUACAGAACUUUUGUUAAUUGAUCCGAAGUUUCACUUUUUCAGUCUAUGCUUCUUUUGACAUUUUUUUCACUUAAAAUAAUGGAAAAACAUCUUAUAUUGAAUCAUUUUGACUUGUUUUAAAGAUGAUGUUUUUCCAGUGUACGGGUAGGUUUAAUUGUGUUUAGUUAAAUGUUCAAGUAAGAUCUGAAUGGUGCGUAAAAGUGCUUUUUAGCGUGACAACGGGCAUUAUUGCAUGUUAAUAACCCUUGAAAUAGUAAAAAAAAAAAAAAAUGCAAUAAUGUGAAAAGGAAAUAACUUUUUUUUUUCAUUACAAAUAGAGAGAGUGACGUAUCCCGGAGCGCUCCUACUUUACGCACAGGCGCUGUGAAAUUUGACUCGAGUUUUUGAAGCCACCACAGCAGCCGCAAGUCAGAGCGCGGCGGUGUGUUCCUCUGCGCGCGCGUCAGGUAGCUCCAUAUAGGGACAGAAGAGGCACUUCAAAGCAACUCUGGCACUGCGAGCGCUGGGGCGCACGGGGGGCAGUGCCAUGUACACUCUCGCCAACGUGCUGCUCCUGAGCGGAGACAACCAUUCUCUGGAUUCCGGCUCCCCCAGUGACCCAGUGAUGGCUGGAAACGGCACCGCCAGCUCGAACGGAUCCGACCCGUUCGCCAGGAACGAGGAGGUGGCCCAAAUCGAGAUCAUGGUUCUGAGCAUCACCUUUGUGGUGGCGGUGAUUGGGAACGUCAGCGUCCUUUUGGCGAUGUACAACACCAAGAAGAAGAUGUCGCGGAUGCACCUCUUCAUCAGGCACCUCAGCCUGGCGGAUCUGGUGGUCGCCUUCUUCCAGGUGCUGCCGCAGCUCUGCUGGGAGAUCACCUUCCGCUUCUACGGCCCAGACUUUCUCUGCAGGAUUGUAAAGCACCUCCAGGUGAUGGGAAUGUUCGCAUCCACCUACAUGAUGGUGAUGAUGACUCUGGACCGCUACAUCGCCAUCUGCCAUCCCCUGAAAACCCUCCAGCAGCCCACCAAGCGCUCCUACAUUAUGAUCACCUCCACGUGGAUGUGCAGCUUGGUGCUCAGCACCCCGCAGUACUUCAUCUUCUCCCUGAGUGAGAUCAAAAACGGCUCGGACGUGUACGACUGCUGGGCGCACUUCAUCCAGCCCUGGGGCUCAAAGGCGUACAUCACCUGGAUAACCGUGGGCAUCUUCCUCAUCCCCGUCGUCAUCCUCAUGCUGUGCUACGGCUUCAUCUGCCACAGCAUUUGGAAAAAUAUCAAGUACAAGAAAAGAAAAACAACGGCCGGAGCCGCGAACAAGAAUGGGCUCAUCGGGAAGAACUCCGUCAGCAGCGUCACCACCAUCUCCAGAGCCAAACUCCGUACGGUUAAAAUGACUUUUGUGAUCGUUUUGGCUUACAUCGUUUGCUGGUCGCCGUUUUUCAUAGUACAGAUGUGGUCUGUGUGGGAUGAGAACUUCCUGUGGGACGAUUCUGAGAACACAGCAGUGACUCUCUCGGCGCUCCUCGCCAGCCUCAACAGCUGCUGCAACCCGUGGAUUUACAUGAUCUUCAGUGGCCACCUCCUGCAAGAUUUUGUGCACUGCUUCUCCUGCUGCCGCAGGGUGAGCGCUGAUAAGAAAGAGGACUCGGACAGCAGCAUCCGGAGGACCACGCUGCUGACAAAGAUGACCAACCGAAGCCCCACAGGCAGCACUGGCAACUGGAGAGAGCUGGAAAAUUCUCCCAAAAACUCAGCUCAGGCAGAAUAAACACUUUGAAGAGGAUGAAAAUUCAAAGAACUCUUGGUAGAGUGGAAAGAAAACAUGGACUCUUUUGGCUAAUAUUUGUGUUUGUGUGUACGUCGGGGUAAAAUAGUUCCAAAACAACUUUUCCCUGAUUUUACAGUAUCACUUUUAGAUAUAUAUAUAUACACAUAUAAACAUGCACAUUUUUCAGCAGGGAGCAUAAUUAAGCAUCACGAAUUACAUUUUUUUAUGUUGCGCCAUAAACAGUUUCCUGUUAAGAGUUUACAAAACUUCCAGCAGCCUGGAUGUGGUAAAAAUGCCUCUUCCAGGACACUUGUUUCCAAGUAACAGAGGCAGCCACCUCAUCCUUUGUGUUUGGAUUUCCAUUUGAGCUUUUUUUUUCUUUUUUUUUUUUUUUUUAGAAAACCAUUUUAUAUGAAAAUGAAAUUUAAAGCAGCGCUUUUGAACUAAGAUAAAGAAAUACUUAACAGAAGGAAAAAGAAAGGGACUUGGGGGGCUUUUAAGUUGUUUCUUUUUUUUCUUUUUCAUUUGUCUUUCAUGUUGCAGCGGCAGGAAGCCACUUUAAAUGUUGGAUUUCACUGCCAAACAAAGGUAAAGGUAUGUAGUCGCGGGAAGAAUGAGGAGGUGAGAGCGGCUGCUCUUGGAGGAUUCUCAGCACCUUCCUGCAGAACCGUUCCCAGGGCUUUCAGAGAAAGCUGGGCAGAAGCUCACACAUUCCUUACAAAAUACGUCAGGGCACUUCCCGCCUUUUUUUUUUUUUUUUUUCAGACAUCCUGCACCGUUGGGGGCUCUGUGUUUUGGCUUCAUUUGCACUCAAGACAAAAACAAUUUCCUGCACAUUAAUGUGAUUUACAGCCCCAUAAUGGGAGUACGAUCACAAUAAGAGGCCCCAAAAAUAACAUGUACAUUGUGUCAAAAGUGUAUAUAUAAAGUGUUUUUGAUGUGUUCUGUGAACCUGUCUAUGUGGUACGUUUGUAUAUAAGACAUGGAAGUAUCUGUACAUAGAAAUAAUAUAUGUAAAUCUGUUCAACACCAAAUCCUGCUUUUAGUUGAUCUGUUUCUAAUGAACAAAAUCUUCAUAUUCCAACAGUAUAUGUUGAUGUUUACACUCGGAAUACCAUUAUGACAGGGAAAACUAAUGCAUAUUUUUACUGGAAAUUGAGCAAUUGUUACACUACACCUAAGCCAAGCUGAGCAACUAACAUUUGCCAAAAUUCUUUUUUUUUUUAAUUUAUCUCAUAAUAGAAGCUUCCGACUUCUUUCCCCUUUAUCAACAAGAUAUAUUGAUCAAUACAAGUAUUGGAUCAAACCAUCCUGACUCCCCAUCGAGAUUUAAUUGGGAAUCCUGAUUAGUUGGCCAAAGUUCUUCACAUCGCCAAAGAGACACUUUUUUUUUUUUGCUGCAAACGUCUGGCCAAUUUUAUGACCAAAACUAUUCAACAAAUUCAGAUUCUUUUCACACACAUUUUACAUUAGAAGCGAGUCUCUUCUCUAGCAGCAUUAUUGUAAUAAGCAGUCCUGCUAUUGUGGCAACAAAGUUUUAUCGAUCACCCUUUAUUCCUCAGUUAACCCUUUAAGACUGGAGCUCCAGGGUUUAUAUUCCUUUAAUUACUGUUAGUUUUUUAAUUGUUAACACGAUAAAUGUAAUUCCAGUAGAUUCUAAAGGAGAAAAGCAGCUCCUUUUAGAGUCUGCUGGAAUCACGUUGAUCAUGUUAACGGUUGAAAAGUUACAGUAUGUUAAAGAUUUUGUGUGUAAACAUCACCGGUCCUUAGGUGUUAAAGGGUUCAAUCCUGCUGUUCUGUUUGUGAAAAAGCUUAAAUUGGGAUUUCACAGGUGUUUUGUGCUGAAUUUUGCAUACACUCUUUUUGCUACUGAGUUUUGCUGAAUGAAGUCUAUUUGAUUUGAAUCCUGCACAAUAAAUAAGAUACAUUUUAUUUCU